AUUGUGAUAAAAAUUUACUAUUAAAUUUUUGUUCAUUCAAGUAAAAUGAACUUUUUUUAUUUUAUUAAAUAUUAGUAAUUAUUAUUAACAUUCUUAAAAUGUUGUGCAUUCAAACUUUAAUAGGUGUAAGAAAAUUUUAUAGGGUACCAUCAACUUUAUUUAUUAGAAAACUUGCUGUUCCUCAAACAUCUAUAAUUACAGAGCCCUAUAUAAUUUCGGAAGAAGACAUAAAAAAGUUAAGAAGAACAUUCACAUCACCACGGAAUGUAGUAUCAAAUUAUUUUAAUCAAGUUGAGCGUUCAUCACAAGUGAAAAAAGGACAUAGUUUUAGCUUUCAAAAGAAAAAGAAUGAGUGGAAUUGUCAGUUGAAUAUUAAUUGGCCAAAUCAUAUUGCCUUCACAAGUGCUGCCAUAUCCAAAACAAAAGCUGCAGAAAUUGUAUCAUUAAAAGCAAUAAAAUGGCUCCAAGAAAUGAAUCAACUUGACAAAAAAGGAAAACCUAUUCUGGUAACAGAAAAGCAACGUUUAGAUAUUGCCCAUUCUCCAGUAACAUCAAUAGAUUUAAAUGAAAAAGACAUCAUACUAAUUUCAAAUUUAUUUAAAAAAUAUAGACAAGAAGUUUUACCCGUGAUAAAUGAAGACACUAAUGAAAAUGUUAUAGAUAAUUUAUCUGAGGAUGAAUCUCUUUUUGUUUUACCCAAAUUUUCACACACUGAUUAUAAUCUAAGAAAUAAGCAAUUGUAUAAUAAAUAUAUGAAAAAAUCUAUAAAAAUAUUAAAAUUACCAAUAGAUGAUUAUAAAGAAUCAAUUUUAGAAAUUAUUCAAAAUAACCAAGUAACAAUUAUAAAGGGUGAACCUGGGUGUGGAAAAAGUACUCGAGUACCUCAAUUUAUAAUAGAGCAAUGGAGUGAAGACAAAAAAGGAGCUGAUUGUAAUAUUUAUAUCACACAGCCUAGACGAAUUAGCGCAAUAACACUUGCUCAACGUGUAGCCGAUGAACGAUCAGAAUUAUUAGGUGAUGUUGUUGGUUAUCAAGUAAGACUGAAUCAAAUACUUCCAAAGAAACCAGGUUCUAUUGUUUUUGCCUCAAGUGGUAUAUUACUCCAAAAAUUGCAAACUGAUCCAGAACUAAAAGAAUUUUCACAUGUUAUUAUUGAUGAAGCUCAUGAACAAGAUAUAAAUACAGAAAUACUGUUAAUGCUGACUAAAAAUGCAUUGAAACUUAAUAAAAAUCUAAAGCUUAUCAUUAUGAGUGCUACUUUAGAUGCUAAACAUUUUCAAAGAUAUUAUGGAAAUAAUGCUAAAUCUAUUUCAAUACCAGGAGCAACCUAUCCUGUAAAAAUUAAUUUUUUAUCGGAAAUUUUUUUGAAAGAACUAGGUAUCGGUCAGCAAUCAACUGUUGAACAAGAUAAUGGCCGACCUUUUUGGAAUCCAAUUUUAGUAGCUAAAGUUAUAAACUGGAUUGACAAAAGAAAACCUCCUGGAGCAAUUUUAUGUUUUAUUUCAGGAUGGCAAGAUAUAAUAGAUGUGAGCAAAAUACUUCAAAAUUGUUUAAAUAGUCUAGAAAUUAAGUUUGCUCAUUCUAAGCUUACACCAGAAAAACAAAUAGAAAUUAUGAAACCAGCAAAAGAGGGCAAACGAAAAGUUGUAUUGGCAACAAAUAUAGCAGAAACAAGUAUAACAAUCAAUGAUAUUGUUUAUGUAGUGGACACUGGUAUGCAAAAUGUCUCAAGUUGGAGUGCAAACAAAGGAAUUAAAUAUUUAGAUAGAAGUUGGGUUUCUCAAGCUAAUGCAAUUCAAAGAAGAGGCAGAGCUGGUAGAACUCAACCUGGUGAAUGUUAUCAUUUAUUUUCCUUAGAGCGUUUUAAUCAAUGCUCUGAGUAUCCAAUUCCUGAAAUUCAAAUGACUCCUCUUGAGCAUACUGUUCUCAAUUUAAAAAUACAUAGUAAUGAAAAAGCUAGGUCAGUAUUGUCCAAGCUUUUAAAUCCUCCAAAUUUAGAAAAUAUUGAUGGAGCAGUUGCAGAGUUAAAACUUCUUGGUGCUUUAGACAAAGAAGAAGGUUUAACAGCACUUGGAAAACGAAUUGCAGCUUUCCCUUUUGAUCCAUCUUUAUCAAAAGCUCUUGUAAAUUCAGUUUUUUUCAAAUGUCUUGACUCAACACUUACAAUUAUAACAUACUUAUCAAGUAAUAUAAAUAUUUUUAAAGAUGCAACAUCAGUCGAAUCAAGAAUGAUAAAGAAAAAGUAUUCAGAAAAUAGUGAUCAUUUAGCUGUAGCUAGAAUAUAUUCUAAAUGGAAUAAAAUUCAGAGUUUAAACAAGAUGGAGUCAAUUGAUUUUUGCAAAGAAAAUUUUUUAUCAGAAGCAAAUCUUGUACUAAUUUUUAGAUUGAGAAAGUUAUUUAUUCAAAAUCUAUUCAAUAGUAUGUUAAUAGAUAAUAAUAGCAUAAUUGACUGUGAUGUUAAUUCAUUAAAUUCAAUAGAUUUAUUACUUCCAGCCGUAUUGGUUUCUGGUUUUGGAAAUUUAGUGUUUAAACGAUUUUUUAUGCGUUCAAAUGGACAAAGAAGUUCAACUUUUAUUAAUGAUACUGGUAUUAAAGUUAUAAUGCACUCAGAAUCAGUAAAUUAUAAUAAAGCACAGGAAAAUGAGUUGUUAACUUACUAUAGAGAAGGAAGAACUCUAGACCAUGAUAUGGCAAUGUUAAAUAAAACCACCUACAUUCAUCCAAUAUUAGCAGUAUUAUUUUUUAAUGGUCCAGUGACAUUUAAACAUGAUGGUGUCAAUAAUUGUAUUAUUUAUUUAAAAAACAAGAAACGAAUCAAUUUAUUAUGUUCCAAAGGUGAUUGGCAAAAUUUAAUGGAGUUAAGACAAAUUAUUAGGAGUUUAGUAGAUUACCUUAUGAAAACAUAUGGCCAUAAUGAAAUCACUGAAGAGUCAGAUGAAGUCAUUUUAAAUUUUCGUGAUUCCUUAUGUUCAGUAUUAAACUCAUUAGUAAAUAAGAAAUAGACACAUAUUCGACAUUAUA